AUGGCAGGUCGGACAAUAUUCACUUCAGCAAAUCAGAUAAUAUUCACCCGGAGCUGUCCAGACAAUACUCACAUCGAUUUCCUCUCUUUCUUUCUUUUCUUUCUUUCUUUCUUUCUUUCUUUCUACCUAAAUUUUCCUUUCCCUUUUAUCCUCUAUUUUCUUCAUCGAUUUCCUUUCUUUUCUUUCUUUCUUUCUUUCUUUCUUUCUUUCUUUUCUUUCUUUCUACCUAAAUUUUCCUUUCCUUUUUAUCCUCUAUUUUCUUCGUCCUCUUCUUUAGAUCGAUUUUCCUUUUCUUUCUUUUCUUUCUUUCUUUCUUUUUUCUUUCUUUCUUUACCUAAAUUUUCCUUUCCUUUUUUAUCCUCUAUUUUCUUCAUCGAUUUUUCUUUCUUUCUUUCUUUCUUUCUUUUCUUUCUUUCUUUCUACCUAAAUUUUCCUUUCCCUUUUUAUCCUCUAUUUUCUUCGUCCUCUUCUUUAGAUCGAUUUCCUCUUUCUUUCUUUUUUUCUUUCUUUCUUUCUUUCUUUCUUUCUUUCUUUUUUUUUCUUUCACCUAAAUUUCCCCUUUUUUUAUCCUCUAUUUUCUUCGUCCUCUUCUUUAGAUCGAUUUCCUUUCUUUCUUUCUUUCUUUCUUUCUUUCUUUCUUUUUUCUUUUCUUUCUUUCCUUUCUUUCUUUUAUUUAGUCCUUUGUUUUUUCUUUCUUCAUUUCUUUCUCCUUUUCUUUUUAGAUCUAUUUUCUUUUCUUCUUUAGAUCGAUUUCCUCUACUUUCUUUCUUUCUUUCUUUCUUUCUUUCUUUCUUUCUACCUAAAUUUUCCUUUCCCUUUUUUUAUCCUCUAUUUUCUUCACCUAAAUUUUCCUUUCCUUUUUAUCUUAUUUUCUUUCCUUUCUUUCUUUCUUUCUUUCUUUCUUUCUUUCUACCUAAAUUUUCCUUUCUCUUUUUAUCCUCUAUUUUCUUCAUCGAUUUCCUUUUCUUUCUUUCUUUCUUUCUUUCUUUCUUUCUUUCUUUCUUUCUUUCUUUCUUUCUACCUAAAUUUUCCUUUCCCUUUUUAUCCUCUAUUUUCUUCAUCAAUUUCCACUACUUUCUUUCUUUCUUUCUUUCUUUCUUUCUUUCUUUCUUUCUUUUCUUUUUUCUACCUAAAUUUUCCUUUCCUUUUUAUCCUCUAUUUUUUCGUCCUCUUCUUUUAGAUCAAUUUCCCCUACUUUCUUUCUUUCUUUCUUUCUUUCUUUCUUUCUUUCUAAAUUUUCCUUUCCUUUUUUUAUUUUCUUCGUCCUCUUCUAAAUUUUCCUAUCUUUUCUUUUUUUCUUUCUUUUUUCUUUUCGUUUUCUUCUUUUUAUCCUCUAUUUUCUUUCUCUUCUUCUUUCGAUUUCUUUCUUUCUUUCUUUCUUUCUUUCUUUCUUUCUACCUAAAUUUUCCUUUCCUUUUUAUCCUCUAUUUUCUUCAUCUUUUUGCUUUCUUUUUUCUUUCCUUUCUUUUUUCUUCGUCCUUUCCCUUUUCUUUAUUUUCUUUCCUUCUCUUACUUUCUUUCUUUCUUUCUUUUUUUCUUUUUUCUUUCUUUCUUUCUUUCUACCUAAAUUUUCCUUUCCCUUUUUAUCCUCUAUUUUCUUCGUCCUCUUUAGAUCAAUUUAGAUCACUUUCUUUCUUUCUUUCUUUUCUUUCUUUCUUUUCUUUCUUUCUUUCUUUCUUUCUUUCUACCUUUUUUAUUUUGUUUUCAUCAAUUUCCUCAACUUUCUUUCUUUCUUUCUUUCUUUCUUUCUUUUUCUUUACCUUAAAUUUUCCUUUCCCUUUUUUCCUAUUUUUUCGUCCUCUUAUUUUCAAUUUUCUUUCCUUUCUUUCUUUUCUUUUUUUCUUUCUUAAAUUUUCUUUUCUUUUUUUAUCCUAUCGAUUUCCCUCUACUUUCUUUCUUUCUUUCUUUCUUUCUUUUUUAUACCUAAAUUUUUCUUUUCCUUUUUAUCCUCUAUUUUCUUCGUCCUCUUCUUUAGAUCAAUUUCCUCUACUUUCUUUCUUUCUUUCUUUCUUUCUUUCUUUCUACCUAAAUUUUCCUUUCCCUUUUUAUCCUCUAUUUUCUUCAUCGAUUUUCCUCUUUUUUCUUUCUUUUUCUUUUCUUUCUUUCUUUUUUCUUUCUUUCUAUUUAAAUUUUCCUUUUUUUUUAUCCUCUAUUUUCUUCGUCCUCUUCUUUAGAAUUUUCCUUCUUUUCUUUUUUCUUUUUUCUUUCUUUCUUUUACCUAAAUUUUCCUUUCUCUUUUAUCCUCUAUUUUAUUCGUCCUCUUCUUUAGAUCGAUUUCCUCUUCUUUCUUUCUUUCUUUUUUCUUUCUUUCUUUCUUUCUUUCUACCUAAAUUUUCCUUUCCCUUUUUAUCCUCUAUUUUCUUCAUCGAUUUCCUCUACUUUCUUUCUUUCUUUCUUUCUUUCUACCUAAAUUUUCCUUUCCCUUUUUAUCCUGUAUUUUCUUCAUCAAUUUCCCCUUUCUUUUUUUUCCUUUCUUUCUUUCUUUUUUUUCCUUUCCCUUUUUUAUCCUCUAUUUUCUUCGUCCUCUUCUUUAGAUCGAUUUCCUCUACUUUCUUUUUUUUCUUUAUUUCUUUUUUCUUUCUUUCUUUCUACCUAAAUUUUCCUUUCCCUUUUUAUCCUCUAUUUUCUUCGUCCUCUUCUUUAGAUCGAUUUCUCUACUUUCUUUCUUUCUUUCUUUUACCUAAAUUUUCCUUUCUUUUUAUCCUCUAUUUUCAGGCUUUCUUUCUCGAUUUUUUUUUCUUUUUUCUUUCUUUCUUUUAUCGAUUUCCUCUACUUUCUUUCUUUCUUUCUUUCUUUUCUUUCUUUCUUUCUUUCUUUUUCUUUCUUUCUUUCUACCUAAAUUUUCCUUUUCCUUUUUAUCCUCUAUUUUCUUCGUCCUCUUUUUUCUUUAUUUCUCUACUUUCUUUCUUUCUUUCUUUCUUUCUACCUAAAUUUUCUUUUUUUUUCCUAUCUAAAUUUUCCUUUCCCUUUUUUAUUUUCUAUUUUCUUCGUCCUCUUUUUUUCUUUCCUUUCUUUCUUUCUUUCUUUCUUUCUUUCUACCUAAAUUUUCCUUUCCCUUUUAUCCUAUCGAUUUCCUCCUUUCUUUCUUUUCUUUCUUUCUUUCUUUUCUUUCUUUUUUCUUUCUUUCUUUCACCUAAAUUUUCCUUUCCUUUUUUAUCCUCUAUUUUCUUCGUCCUCUUCUUUAGAUCGAUUUCCUUCUUUUUUUCUUUUUUUCUUUCUUUCUUUCUUUCUUUCUUUUUCUUUUCUUUCUACCUAAAUUUUCCUUUCCCUUUUUAUCCUCUAUUUUCUUCGUCCUCUUCUUUAGAUCAAUUCCCCGACUUUCUUUCUUUCUUUCUUUCUUUCUUUCUUUUUUCUUUCUUUUCUUUCUUUUUCUUUUUCUUUUUCUUUCUUUUUUAUUUUUGUCUUUCUGCGUUUGUUUGUUUCUUUUCUAAAUUUUCCUUUCCCUUUUUAUCCUCUAUUUUCUUCAUCGAUUUUACUUUCUUUCUUUCUUUCUUUCUUUCUUUAUACCUAAAUUUUCCUUUCCUUUUUUCCUUAUUUUUCUUCCUCCUCUUCUUUAGAUCAAUUUCCUUCUUUCUUUCUUUCUUUCUUUCUUUUUUUUUAAAUUUUUCCUUUCCUUUUUAUCCUCUAUUUUUUCGUCCUUUCUUUAGAUCGAUUUCCUCUACUUUUUUCUUUCUUUCUUUCUUUCUUUCUUUCUUUCUACUUAAAGGCUUUUUAUUUCUUUUUUUUUUAUUUUAUCGAUUUCCUCUACUUUCUUUCUUUUUCUUUCUUUCUUUCUUUCUUUCUUUCUUUUCUUUUCCUUUCCUUUUUAUCCUCUAUUUUUUCAUCGAUUUCCUCUACUUUCUUUUCUUUCUUUCUUUCUUUCUACCUUUUUCCUUUCUUUUUAUUUUAUUUCGUCCUCUUUCUUUUGAUUUCCUCUUCUUUCUUUCUUUCUUUCUUUCUUUCUUUCUUUUUUCUUUCUUUUUUUCUUCAAAUUUUCCUUUAUUUUUAUCCUCUAUUUUCUUCGUCCUCUUCUUUAGAUCGAUUUUCCUUUCUUUCUUUCUUUUUUCUUUCUUUCUUUCUUUUUUAAAUUUUCUUUCCUUUUUUUCUAUUUUUUCAUCGAUUUCCUCUACUUUCUUUCUUUCUUUCUUUCUUUCUUUCUACCUAAAUUUUCCUUUCCUUUUUAUCCUCUAUUUUUUCGUCCUCUUCUUUAGAUCGAUUUCCUCUACUUUCUUUUUUCUUUUCUUUCUUUUCUUUCUUUCUUUCUACCUAAAUUUUCCUUUCCUUUUUUUUCUUUUUUUUUCUUUCUUUAGAUCGAUUUUUUUCUUUCUUUCUUUCUUCUUUCUUUUCUUUCUUUUUCUUUUCUUUUUACCUAAAUUUUCUUUUGUUUUUUUUAUUCAUUCUUCUUUAGAUUUUUCUUUCUUUCUUUCUUUCUUCUUUUAUUUAAAUUUUUUCCUUUUUAUCCUGUAUUUUCUUUCUUCUUUCUUUCGAUUUUAUUUUUUUUCUUUCUUUCUUUCUUUCUUUCUUUCUUUCUACCUUUUUCCUUUUUUUUUUUAUUCUAUUUUUUUAAUCUUUUUAUCGAUUUUCUUUCUUUCUUUUUCUUUUUUUUUGACAUUUUCCUUUCUCUUUUUAUCCUCCGUUUCUUCGUCCUCUUCUUUAGAAUCAUUUCCUCUUCUUUCAUUUCUUUUAAAUUUUUUUCUUUUUUUUUCGGAAAUUUUCCUUUUUCCUUUUAGUUCUCUAUUUUCAACAGGAAAGUCCUCUUCUUUAGAUCAAUUGGACACUACUUUCUUUCUUUUCUUUCUUUCUUUUCUUUCUUUUUUCUUUCUUAAAUUUUACUUUCUAAAAUUUUCCUUUCCUUUUUUUUAUCCUCUAUUUUCUUCGUCCUCUUCUUUAGAUCGAUUAAGACACAAGAGGUUUCUUUUUUUUCUUUGGAAGAAUUUUCCUUUCCUUUUUAUCCUCUAUUUAAUGAGCGGGAAGAGAAAUUUCCUCUACUUUCUUUCUUUCUUUCUUUCUUUCUUUUCUUUGAAAUUGCAUUUAAAUUUUUACCUUUUAUCCUUGUUUUUCUUCGUCAUUGAACCGGAAGGAUUUCCUCUCUUUUUUCUUUCUUUCUUUCACAAGAGGUUUCUUUCUUGUUUCUUUCUUAGGAACUUAAAUUUUCCUUUAAUUUUAUCCUCUAUUUUCUUGUCCUCUUCUUUAGAUCGAUUUCCUAGAUUUCUUUUUUCAUUUCUUUUGCUUUUUUUUUUCAGAUUAAGGCUUUCUUUCUUUCUUUUUUAUUUUGUCUUUCUGCGUUUAUCGAAAAGCUACUUUUCUUUCUUUAGCAUAGAACUUUCUUUCUUUUCUUUCUACCAGGCUUUCUUUCUUUCUUUUUUAUUUUGUCUUUCUGCGUUUGUUUUUCUUUUCUUUCUAAAUUUUCCUUUCCUUUGGUCAUCUAUUUUCUUCGUCCUCUUCUUUAGAUCGAUUUCCUCUACUUUCUUUCUUUCUUACUUUCUUUCUUUCUUUUAUUUAGUCUUUGCUUGUUUGUUUCUUUCUUCAUUUCUUUCUAAAUUUUCCUUUCCCUUUUUAUCCUCUAUUUUCUUCGUCCUCUUCUUUAGAUCGAUUUCCUCUUCUUUCUUUCUUUCUUUCUUUCUUUCUUUCUUUCUUUCUUUCUUUCUUUCUUUCAGUUUUCCAACUUUCCUCUUCCUUCUCAUUUAUUCUUCAAAUAGUUAUAUUUCUCAUUCAGGCUUUCCUUUUUUCUUUUUGUCUAAUCAUUUUAUAUUUCUCCUUCAGUUCUUUCAUUUGUUCUUUCUUUCUUUCUUUCAACUUUCUUUCUUUCUUUUUCUUUCUUUCUUUUUUUUUAUAUUUAUUUAUCUUUUCUGUAUAUUUCUUUUUGUUUCUUUUUUAUUCAUUCUAUUUUCUUUCUUUCUUCUUUAUUUAUUUAUUUUAUCUCUUUCUUUUUUUCUUUCUUUCUUAUUAUUGUUCUUUCUUUCUUUCUUUCGCAUUCAUUCUAUUAUUAUUUUAUCAUUCAGUUUUAAUCUUUUUUAUUUAUUUCUUUCUUUAUCUUUCUUUUGUUUGUUUGUUUCUUUCUUUCUUUGUUUCUUUCUUUCAUUCUUUUCUUCAUUCUCAUUUAUUCUGUUUUUCUUUUUUCUCGUUCAUUUUUUUCUCUUUUUUCUUCCUCUUGUAUUUUCUCAUUUGGUUUUCCACCCUUUAUUCUCCAUAUUGAAAUUACGCAUUAAUCUAUCUAUCUAUCUAUCUAUCUAUCUAUCUAUCUAUCUAUCUAUCUAUCUAUCUAUCUAUUCUCAGUCUUCUGUUUCUAUCUAUCUAUCUAUCUAUCUAUCUAUCUAUGUAGGACCCAUUACACUUUUCUUUUUAUUUUUUAUUUCUUCUUCCUUUUGCCUUUUCUUCUUCCCUCGUUUUUUCUUUCAUUUUCAUUUAUUCGUUCAUUUCCCCCCUCUCCUUUCUUUUCUUUUCGUCAUUUUUUCUUCACUUUUGCUUUCUUUACAGUUCUACUUCUCUUCUUUCUCCUUUUUUUCUUUCUAUUUCUCAAUAGGCCUCUUUCAUUAUUCUCGUUUUUCUUAUUACCCUUUAGACACUUUUUCUACUUCACUCGCUUUUUUACAUCUUCUUUUCUUUCGUUUCUACAUAUUUCCGCCCUCCAUGUUUUUUUCACCAUGUCUUUCAUUCAGUUUCUUCUCAUGUAAUCUUCUCGUAUUUUCUCUUUCUCUUUCUUCUUCUCUGUCGUAUUCUUUCUCUGUCUUUUUUUUGUUAUUUAUUUUUUAUUGUAAAUUGUUUGUUUCUUUUUUUUUCUUCUUCAUUCUUUCUUUUGUUUCUUCUCGUGAUAUUUCCUUUACUUAUUUCUUCUUAUUUUUUUUUUUCAUUCUUUCCUUCGGAUUUCUCACAUUUUUCUCUUUUUUUCGGCACUUCGUUCGAUUUAGUCUCUGUCUAUUUCUUUCGUUUUCUUCUUCUUCUCUUUCAUUGUACUUCUAUUGCUUUACCUUUUCCUUCUCCAUUCCUUCUUACUCUAUUUCUUUCUUCUUUUCCCUUCUUUCUUUUCUUCCUUGUCACCUCUCUUUUUCGUUUUUUUCUUCUUAUUCUUGUCCUUUCUUUUUCCAUUUCUCUGUUAUUUCUUCUUUUUCUCCGCUUACUCUUUCUUUUUCUUCUUUUUUCUUUUUCUCCCCCCACCCACUUCUUUCACACUAUUCUUUGCUUCCUCCUCCUUUAAUUUUCAUUUUCUUUUCACAUUCUUUUCUGUCUCUUUCUGCUUAUCACAUUUUUUUAUUCUUUUCUUUUUGCUUUUCUUUUUCUUUUCUUCUUUACUUUUCUUUUUCUUUUCUUUGCUUUUUGUUUUACUCUUUCUUAUUUAAUUUCUCUUCUCAUUUAUCGUUUUCUUUCAUUUACUUUUCCUCUUUUUGCCUUCUCCUUCUUUCUCUUCAUUAUUCUCUUCUCUGUCUUUCUUUUUAUUCUCCUCCUCCAAUUUUUUCCGUUUAUUUUUCUUCAUUCAAUGUUUUUUCUUCUCUUCUUAUUUCUUUCAUUUUAUUGCUUUCUUCUUCUUCUUUCUUUUUUCUUCAUCCCUUUCACUUUAUCAUUUUUUGUCUUCAUUUUCUUAUUUUUCUUCCAUAUUCUUCUUUUUUUUAG